CCCCACCACCACUAUAUAUGAACCCCUCCCUCCCUUCACUUGUUUCCCAACUUGUUUCCCUUCUUUUCUCCAUCAUUAUAAUAUAUAUAUAUAUUCCAAUUAAUUAUCUCUUCAUAUAUAUCAUCAUCCAUGGCUUGCUUAGACCUAAUUUCCAAUGAGGCUAACUUGAGAGAAGAAGAGGAAGAAAUAUGUACUCUUGAUGGAAGUGUUGAUAUGGAUGGGCGACCCGCAAUCCGAGAAAAAAGCGGACAAUGGGGCGCCGGAAUUGUGAUAUUGUUGAAUCAAGGUCUAGCUACUCUAGCAUUCUUUGGCGUCGGAGUGAACUUGGUGCUGUUCUUGACAAGGGUGUUGCAACAGAACAAUGCUGAUGCUGCUAAUAACGUUAGCAAAUGGACCGGUACUGUCUACAUCUUCUCCCUGGUAGGAGCUUUCCUCAGUGACUCCUACUGGGGAAGAUACAAAACUUGCGCCAUCUUUCAAGUGAUCUUUGUCAUUGGUUUGGCAUCGCUGUCCCUAUCAUCACAACUUUUUCUGAUGAAUCCUAGAGGUUGUGGCAAUCGAACGACUCAAUGUGAGUCCCAUUCGAGCUGGGAGAUUGGGAUAUUCUAUAUCUCCAUCUACUUGAUUGCUCUAGGAAAUGGAGGGUACCAACCGAAUAUUGCUACAUUCGGAGCUGAUCAGUUUGAUGAAGAAGACCCUAAGGAGGGACUUUCAAAGGUGGCCUUUUUCAGCUUCUUCUACCUAGCUCUGAACCUUGGUUCUCUCUUCUCCAACACCGUACUGAGCUACUUUGAGGACCAAGGGAUGUGGGCACUAGGGUUUUGGCUCUCGACUACAUCUGCAUUUGCAGCAUUAAUCUUGUUUCUUGGUGGAACCCCAAAGUACAGGCAUUUCAAGCCAAGUGGCAACCCUCUUUCCAGAUUCUGCCAAGUUAUAGUCGCCGCGGCAAAUAAAUGGAGGGAAGAGAUUCCACCAGGUGAAGAGAACCUAUUUGAAAUGAAUGGAAAGGAGAGUUCCAUGAAUGGUACCAGAAAGAUACUUCACACCCAUGGGUUCAAAUUCCUGGAUAGAGCGGCCUUUAUUACAUCAAAGGAUUUCGAGGACCAGAAGCAGGGUCCUGUUCACAGCCCGUGGCGUCUCUGCCCCAUCUCACAAGUUGAAGAGGUGAAAUGCAUAUUGAGACUACUACCAAUUUGGCUAUGCACCAUAAUUUAUUCAGUUGUCUUUACCCAAAUGGCAUCACUCUUUGUGGAGCAAGGUGCAGCCAUGAAAACUACGAUUUCAAACUUUCAAAUCCCAGCUGCCAGCAUGUCUAGUUUUGACAUCCUCAGUGUAGCAGUUUUCAUCUUCCUUUACCAGCGAGUAUUAAAUCCGCUUGUUAGCAAAAUGAAAAGGAAGGAUACUAAAGGGCUUACCGAGCUUCAGAGGAUGGGAAUUGGAUUAGUCAUAGCAGUAAUGGCAAUGUUUUCAGCUGGAAUCGUGGAGUGCUACAGACUCAAGUAUGCUCGAAAAGAUUGCUUACAUUGUGAAGGCUCAAGCUCGCUGAGCAUAUUCUGGCAAGUCCCUCAGUAUGCUUUCAUAGGAGCUUCUGAAGUUUUCAUGUAUGUUGGACAACUGGAGUUCUUCAAUGCACAGGCACCGGAUGGGUUGAAGAGCUUUGGAAGCGCUCUCUGCAUGACAUCGAUUUCACUGGGGAACUAUGUGAGUAGCUUGCUCGUGAGCAUUGUAAUGAAAAUUUCAACCACAGACAACAUGCCAGGAUGGAUACCGAAAAAUCUAAACAAGGGUCACCUAGAUAGGUUCUACUUCCUCUUAGCUGGUUUGACAACUAUAGAUUUAGUGGUGCACAUCGCGUGUGCCAAGUGGUAUAAGAGUAUCAAGCUUGAAGGAAAGUACGACGAAAAUAGUGGGAAAAAUGGCAUUGGAGUUUGACGUAUAUGACCAAACAUGGAUAUGGUCAUGUUAAGAGCUUGUGAGGCCAGAAUAUACAAGUGCUACGAGGUUGCUCCUGUUCUGCAUAUACUCUGUUCAAAUCUCUUGCAUCCCUUUUUCAACAGUGCCACAAAGCAGUUAGUCCAUCAAAGGUUGUCCAGGCGAUGGGUUCUCAUUUUCGGUUCUUUUGCAACCUUAUUAUUGUUUGAUGGGUAUAGAAUAAACAUGUGAAUGAUGGGGUUUGGAGUUGAACGUGAAUGAUUGGAUCUCUUGUAACCGAUGACACAUCUAUGAAUAGUUCGAGCUACUCUCUUGCACGCU